UGAAGGCAUGACAGUUUAUCACAAAUGUCCAGUGUCAGUUGUUACCUGACGUCAUUGAAAAUGCAUGAUUGAGGGAGCUUUUUAAGGUUUCUUCAGGAGAAUGGAUAUUAACUGCGUUAUUUGGUUUAUCUCUGGACUUGCUCUGUCAUCAAAUCUCAGGGUUCUCGAUUGGCCACCCCUGAACUGCACACAAAAGAAUCUUCAGUGCAGCGUCCAAAUCAAUAACUGUUCAGAUGAGGGCUGGAUCUCCCCCAGGAUCAAGGCCCCCGUUGGUCCCAACUGGACCCCAGGCUCAGAGCAGCACGUGGUGGGUGUGAGAGGGGACCUAAAUGGUGAUCUACUGCCUGUCAUCACUGUGAGCUGGAGCCAAGGCGAAAACAUGGCUAUAUCCGCCAUCCGCGGGACUGAGGUUCACUUCCUCGAGGAGACCAGCAAUCACAACAUAUGUGUCCGAUACAUCUUCCACAGCAUAAUCAAACAAAAUUCCUUCAUCAUGAAUAACUGGAGCCUUUGGACCUUCUCAUCAGACAGAGCUGUGGUGGAACCUGGACACACAUAUUUAGUGUCUGUCUAUAACUUACCCAAACCAGAUGUGGGAAGUUACAGGAUCGCAAAAAGCAUUAAAAUCCCAGGAUGUUAUGACAGAAGAAUACAAGACGCCAAAGUGUGUUUGGAAAAUGGUAGCCUCUGGGACCCCCAGCUGACCUGGAACAUAUCUGUGGAAGGAGGCAGUAUGAUGAUCCUUACAGUGGGUUUUAACACAUCAGAGUUCUCUGAGGAGUACAGCAUAUCCAUCCAGAAUCCCAUUCACUCACAGUCUGUCAGGAGGGAAAAUAGAACAUUAUUGAAUGUAACAUUUCAACUGGAUGUGUGGCAGCUGCCUCCAUGUAAAAUACUUGUUGUGAUUCAGCCAUUUUUCAUAAGAUGCAACAAAAACUGUUCGAAUCACCAGAAAAUAUUAAAUUACUGCUUGUACUAUCGCAGGCCACCAGCCUACAGUCGAAUUUUCAUGGUAAAAGUAUCAGUGGGAGUGAUUGCGUUAUCUGGUUUGCUUGCUUAUCUGCUGAAAAGAACAUUCCCUACUGACUCUGAAAACCACCUCUCACCCACACACAAUGAGGAGCUGGAGCGCAACCAAGUUGAAAAGAGAAGAAAGGUCCUUGUCAUCUACUCUCGGGACCAUCCUCUGUACACACACGUCGUCCUGAAGCUCUGUGCCUUCCUCAUGGCCAAGUGUGGCACUGAGGUGGUCCUGGACCUGCUCGACACCACCACGCUGGGCAUAGUGGGCACUGUUCAGUGGCUGGACUGGCAGAGGGAACAGAUCGAAAAGUCGUCAGAUAAAAUCUUGAUUCUGUGCUCGCGGGGGGUGAGGGCAAAGUGGAUGGCCAUGUGCGAUGCCGCAGAGGCCCCGGUGGCUCUGAGGGAGGACAUGCGCUCUGUCACAGGGGACAUGCUCACCCCAGCCCUCAGCCUUCUGGUCCCGGCCUUCGUGAGGUCCGGGACGUUCCGGAACUACGUGGUGGCUUAUUUCGAGGACGUGUGCUCCGAGGAGGAUGUUCCGUCUCCGUUUAACAUCACUGUGAGGUACAGUAUUGUCGAAGGGAGGAAGGGAGGCCCGUCCGUCUGACAUCGCUCAUUCCUGUUCCUGAUCCCCCUUCGCAGGUACAAGCUGAUGAAGCACUUCGAGGAGCUCUUCUUCAGGCUCCUGGAUAAGGAGAAGUAUGAGCCCG